GCGAGAGGACGGAAACAAACACAAAGCCCCCGGACUCACAGCUGAAACUAGAGACAACUUUAGCUAAAUCUCUGAGAAUUGGAUUAGAGCUAAAUAAUCCUCCAAAGUUGUGUAGUGUCAUGUGUGGCUGAAGUGUUUCUUGGUGGCGCAAGAAUAAAUGAAAGGCUUUAAAAAAAUACAGAGACAAACUGCGCCACCGAGGAGAAUCAAAAUGAGCAUUCAGGGACAGGAACAGGUGGAGAAGAAAUACGACCCCCUAGAUACGACCCUGAAGUUUGUCAAAGGGAGGGACGACUUGGAUCCAGUGUCCUCAGACGACGGCAGUCUCAGAGCAGAGAUGUCCUGCGGCCACGCUGUCACUCCUGACUCUCUAACACUGUGGUGUCGCAGCCAACUGGAUGAGGGUCAUUUUAAAUUCAGAUGCCCUGCACUGGUGGAGGAUACCAAACAGUGCAAUAAACUGUGGUCGUACAGAGAGGUGCGCAGACUGGCUGAUUUGUCUGUAGAGGAAAUGCAUCACUUUGAAGAGACCAUUGCCCGCCUGGCUGCUGCAGAAUACUGUGAAUUUCAGCCAUGUCCACAGUGCAAAACAAGUGUGGAGAGGAAGGAUCUCUCCAACCUGUGUGUCCAGUGCACCAUAUGCACAGCUGAUCAGAAGAAGGCCUACCAGUUCUGCUGGCAGUGUCAGAAGGAAUGGAAAGGUCAAGGCCCUCGAUCUGACCGCUGCGACAAUGACGGCUGCUGCAACAGGGACCUGCAAAUUCUGCACACAUGUAAGACCAUCAGUUUGCCCGAGGUGAAGGGGGUCACCGACUGCCCCUCUGUCCGAGCCUGUCCUACAUGCGGCAUGAAGGUGGAGCAUAGUCAACAAUACUGCAAAAAUAUCAACUGCCCUCGCUGCCACGUGGAGUUUUGUUUUGUCUGCCUGAAAGCAAAGCGUGAAUGUUCCACGACCAGUUCACCAUAUGAAAUCUGUCCUAGUGGUGUGGCUCCUAGACAGACCUCUAUACCUGUGUGGCAGAGAAAAUGAAAAAAUAAGACUUUUAUUAUUAAAGACUAAAGGUAUUCGUAUUAUAGUACCCUGUAAACUCUUAGCAAUUGUUGAUGUGUGACAAACACACAUGCUGUAACUCCAUCUGAGAUAUAACAUCUUUUUUACUUGUGGCCCUACUCUGCCUCCUUCUGGCUGGACUUUAAGUUGCACAUGACACCGUCUGAUUACUGUGAAUGACUAUCACUCUGUACUAAGCUGCUUAUAAUGUUAGAUAAAUUCGAUGUCUACAAAAUUAAUCUUCUCGAAGAAAGUUGAUUUAGAUUUUGACUUCUGAAAAUGUCAUUCAAUAGAUACACACUUUUGUAUAAUGGCUUUUUAUUUAGGGGGGUGGUGGGGGUGGGUGGUGGUUAGGGUUAGGAAAUUUACCUGGCAAAAUGCAAGAAGAAAGAAGAAAAUGUGACAAAUAGCUAUUAUCAAAAAUAAAAUUAAUGUUUGUUAGUUUCUAUUUUAAGGGUAUACACAUUCGUAAAUUGGUAAAUAUAGGCUACAUAGAUAUAAACACUCUUCUGUCAUCGCCCCCGAUUCAAAACAAACAGUUAUCCUCAGUAAUCUGUGGUCUCUGUUAUCUAUCGACUCAUCGUCUUUUACAGAUUCCCUGUAAAAGAUAGAAAUUUCUAUCACAUUUCAUAUUUCUUCACCUGUAAGUUGCAGUACAGGGUUUGUACUCGUCUCAGAGACUUGAGGGCUGACCUUAUCUAAAAUCCACUCCAGGCAUUCAGCAGCAUCACACUGUUAAUAAACUGCAGAACCAUACAUCCAGUUUACUAAUUCCACCAAUCUACCAACUGCUCUUUACUUUUUGAUGAUCUUCUGUUAAUUACUGUCGAUUUUACCAUUUUUAAUCCGAGAUGUUUCUGUUCCACAUGUUGUUUUCUUCAAGUCUUCAAAUGUUUCUUAGCUGCAGAUUGAUUUGUAAUUCGGGCUACAUUUUCACCUCACCUACUAAAAAUAAGUGAAAUCCUCUUCCAUGUCUGCCUUUGUCUUCUCAUCUUGAAGAGGAACACGCUCUUCCAUCACAGAAGUUUCUUCUAACUUGUUCAUGUUUUCGUGUGUGAUGCUGAAAUGGAUAGUGUCUUGAUUACAGUUGUCUUUGCAUCUCUGCUUAUUAUUUCACACAGUUACACAGAUUUUGUCUGUUCAGUUUUAAAUGAUGUGUCCUGUUCCUUUUACUGAUAUGCUGUCGUUACAGUGUUAUCUAUUUUAUCCUCAAUACACAUUUUAUGACUCUAAACUUCUUUGCUUAUUACCCAGCAAAAAAACUUAGUCUGAACUGUCUUCAAACCUUAAAUCACUUGUGUUCCACCUAGUGGUGAAUGAUUUUAUAUCUGUAGGAAUAGCCUGCUGUUGUCCUGAAAAUAUGCUAUAUAGAUAAUCAAAUCUAUUUAAAAAUCUGUCAGCAAACACAGCUAAAAUCUAUAUCACAUUGUUUUACAUUAAGCAAAUGACAUUUGAAUGGGUUACCACAGCCUAUUUAUUGCUGUUUUGCAGUAUAAGACAAAAUUAGAGAUGUAUAGUGAGUGCUGACAAGGAAUGGAGGCCAUAACACUAGUUUUACUUUCGUUUGUGUCACAGUCUGCCUAGUGACAUGAUGAUGUUUACAGAAAAGAAAGAGAAGAGGCUCCGCCAAAAAGUUUGAUUGGACCUGGAGACCUAUGAUCUAACACUUUGAUAAUCUCAAAAUGAUGGGUUAAAAUGAUCUGGAAAGAGUUCCCAGGGAUAUCUCUUGUUUUUCAUUGUUUGUUUGUUUCUUUUUAAUACCGAAGACAACUCCUCAGUAUCAGUGCUCUUGUCAGUAAAUAUUUGUGUAUUGAAAAUAAUUCACUAUGUCACUAUGCGAUGUGCCAAUAAAGGUUGAGAUGGGAAAUCAAAAAAA